UCACCGCCUCCCCUUUUCUACCUCCUCCCUGUGCCCCUCUCUCGCUCUCCUUCUCUCUCAUUUGCUCACAUUCUCUCACUUUCCCUACCAGGCUUCACACACACUGCAGGAUGUCGAUAGUGAUCAUUGUUGCCAGGGAGAUCCUGGACUCCAGAGGGAACCCCACAGUGGAAGUGGACCUGCACACUGACAAAGGUGUCUUCAGGGCAGCUGUGCCUAGCGGAGCGUCUACUGGCAUCUAUGAAGCCCUGGAGCUGAGAGACGGAGACAAGAGCCGCUACAAGGGCAAAGGUGUGCUCAAGGCUGUUGGUCACAUCAAUGACACCAUCGGUCCUGCCCUCAUCCAGUCGGGGGUCAGUGUGGUAGAACAGGAGAAACUGGACAAGAUGAUGAUAGAGAUGGACGGCACUGAGAACAAGUCUCAGUUCGGGGCCAAUGCUAUUCUGGGUGUGUCCUUGGCCAUAUGCAAAGCUGGUGCCGCAGAGAAAGGUGUCCCCCUGUACCGUCACAUUGCAGACCUGGCAGGAAACACAGAGCUAGUGCUUCCAGUUCCUGCCUUUAACGUCAUCAACGGGGGCUCUCAUGCGGGCAACAAGCUGGCCAUGCAGGAGUUCAUGGUACUUCCUGUAGGGGCGGAGUCUUUCAGGGACGCUGUGCGUGUGGGGGCGGAGCUGUACCAGACGCUGAGGGAAGUGAUCAAGGAGAAGUAUGGCCAGGACGCCACCAACGUGGGGGACGAGGGGGGGUUCGCCCCAAACAUACUGGAGAACACUGAAGCCCUGGAGCUGAUCAAGACAGCCAUUGAGAAGGCAGGUUUCACAGACAAGGUGGUGAUCGGGAUGGACGUGGCAGCCUCUGAGUUCUACAAAGAGGGCAAGUACGACCUAGACUUCAAGUCUCCGCCCAACGCAGACCGCCACAUCAGCGCCCAAGAGCUCUGCGACAUGUACCAGGGCUUUGUCAAUGACUAUCCAGUGGUGUCCAUUGAGGAUCCGUUUGACCAGGAUGACUGGCCGGCCUGGUCCCAGAUGACAGCCUCCGUGGGGAUCCAGGUGGUGGGAGACGACCUGACCGUCACCAACCCCAAGAGGAUAGAGCGCGCCCUGGAGGAGAGGGCCUGCAACUGCCUGCUGCUCAAAGUCAACCAGAUCGGCUCUGUCACCGAAGCCGUUCAGGCGUGUAAGUUGGCUCAGGAGAAUGGCUGGGGGGUGAUGGUGAGCCACCGCUCAGGUGAGACAGAGGACACCUUCAUUGCUGAUCUGGUGGUGGGCCUCUGCACUGGACAAAUCAAGACUGGAGCUCCCUGUCGAUCAGAGCGGCUGGCCAAAUACAAUCAACUCAUGAGGAUUGAGGAGGAGUUAGGGGACCAGGCUCGCUUCGCAGGGCACAACUUCCGGAACCCAGCCGCCCUCUAAGACUCCUUUGGGCUGACAGACACUGACACAGAAUCACAGACAUACAUCACAUCACUGCAGGGCACAGACGGACUGGCAUAGAUGGACAGACACAGAUGUGCACAGACAGAUAUACAUAAAUACCUACAAUGAAUCCUUCAGACAGAUACAAGGUCGGACAGACAUAUGGUUGGAAGGAUAGAGAGACAGACAGACUGACAGAGUGCAAGCAGACCGAUAAUCAAUUACCGAUUACCCCCUUAAAAAGUAAAGCAGAGACAGACAGACAGACAGACACAGAGAGAGAGAAAGAGAGAGAGCCAGACAGACAGACACAGAGAGAGAGAGAGAAAGAGAGAGAGCCAGACAGACAGACACAGAGAGAGAGAGAGAGAAAGAGAGAGAGCCAGACAGACAGACACAGAGAGAGAGAGAGAAAGAGAGAGAGCCAGACAGACAGAUGCACUGAGAAACACAUUCAUAUGAAUUAGCCUUUAUAUCACUUAUAACGCACUGAUAUAUUGGAGGUUAUAUGUUUGAUCAGAUGAUGAGUUGGAGGCUGGUGCAGAAUGCAGAAGGACUGAUUGGUUUUAAACAAGACAUUAGUGUGUUGCACAAAGCAGUGUUUCUCUCAAAACAUACAUGCACAUUCCUCUACCUGUUCCCUCGUUCUUUUCCAUCCCUCUCUUUUCUCCUCCUCUUUACUUCAAAGCGUUUUCCCAUCUCAAUUUCCUCAAUUGCCCAACCCUUCCUCUUUCCUCCCCUCCUUCCACCUUUCAGUUAUCACUUACAUGUAAAAGCCUGCAACAUAAUUGUCUGUUACCACUUACAUCUAAAAGCUUACCACAGAAACCAUCCAAUCAAUAAAGAUAUGAACACUUAUGAUGUAAACAUCA